AGAAACUCGUCCAUAACCCCAUCAAACGCCAUUCGACGUCUUCCGCUCAGUUAUUGUGGGAAAUUGGAAAUCCCUACACCAUGGAUGAAAUUCCUUCAUGACAAUAAGGCUUGCUGGAAAGAACGUGCUGCUAAAGAAGAAGAAGAAAGGAAGAGGGCUGAAGCCGAAAAAGCCGCUCUUGACAAUGGAGAAGUUCAAGAAAAUGGCAAACCUUAG